ACCAAGGAAGGAGGUAUGGCCGCUGACGGCACGUCUACUUCAGGAGAUGCGGGAGGUGCGGACGGUGGUGGUGGGGGUGCACGUGCGGCUGAGCGACAGUGUGGUGCGAGACCCGCACGCCACCAGCAAGAGUGUCACUGCCGCCUCCAUGGCUGCUGCUAUGAAGCAGGCCGCUCCCAUCCUCGCCUGUGCCAAGGCAGUGGAGGACAUGUGGUAUCCCCCGCCUCUCACUGUACGCUGGAUGCUCAUCACCAACUCGAUUGACUUAAAGACGGCCAUCCGCUCCCGCUUUCCUGGCAAGGUGAAUACCUAUCCCACCUCUCCACUCCCCAUAACCCACCCAUGCAUAUCCCACCUCUCCACUCCCCAUAACCCACCCAUGCAUAUCCCACCUCUCCACUCCCCAUAA